GUCAGAAAGGGCCACAUAUACACAAACUACACUAUAACCCGUCAGUAGAGUACCUCACUCAAAAAAAAUAAUAACACGAGAGAGGAAGCUGUGGUGGCCUCCUUAAAAUGGAAGCCUGUAAGAUAUACCUUUCGCCGUUACCAAUGUGUUCGUCUUCUAUUCUCAUUCCAUCCACGCAUCGUUAUUUUAAUUGCUUUUACGACUCCUUUAGAGCACCGAAUCGCAAACAGAUAGAGGGUAUGCAAAUCGCUGUGCUGCAGGCAGAGAAGCGAUGUCGCUUGAUUUUAGGGUGUGCGGAAGAAAAAGAACGCAGUGUGAUUGCUCGCAGCUUUGGUUACUGUCUUCAUCAUGUCCAGCCACAACUACUAUCUUCCAGCAGCCUGGGUGUGGUGCCUGAAGAGGAGGUCCAUCGUCGGCUCAUUGAUGGAGAAUUUUUUGAUAAGCUACUCGAGGUUUGUGUGAUGGAGGAAUGUCUUAGUAGGGUUGAGAUGGUGUUACGGCUAGAGGAAUCCGUAAGAAAACAAUUACUGAGCUUCGAGGUGCAACAUCGAAUAAUGGCGAUGCGCAGAGAGAAGGAAAGACUGUCAUGCAUUUCUACGAAUAUGGACUCUUUGCCUCACUCUAGGGAUAUCGUGCCCCCUCUUGAUCGAACAUUUGAGGCUAUGUUGUUACUUCAAGAAGCCGAGAAAGAAGCGCGCCUCGCGAUCCAGAGACAACAGUUUCUCAUUGCUGGGUCUUUAAAUCACUACAGUGCCAUUGGGGUUAAAGCCAACCAACAAGCUCAAACUCGGUAUGAGAUUUUGAGCUAUCCACUUGAACGAGAGACAUUUAGCCGACUUAAUGCUGAAGAAGCACGCGAACGGACAUCCAUCAUGCACGACAGCCGCAUCGCCUUUCGUGCGCUUGCUGCCGAGGAAGCAACUGUUUUUUGUCUCAUGUAAAAUACUACACAAUAGGCAUCAGUUCUUAUUGACUGAACGCAAUAAACCAAACCAUAUAUUCAUAUAAA